UACUGGUGAACAGGGUCUACGCAAAACAUUCCUGUCUCCUCUCUCUCUUCUUCUUCUUCGUCCACGGUCGCAAGCUCUCUCUCUCCUUCCACCACCUCUCUAAUGGCAAGGCGGCGAAAGAAACCCUAACCCUAACCCUAAAACCCUAAUCCCACCCCCCAUGUCAUGCUCUUCUCCGCCGCCGUCCCUUCCAAAACCCUAGCCUCUCCGAAUCUCCUCCUUCUCCUCCUCCGCCGCCGCCGCCGCAUCCCCCUCCGCCUCUUCCGCUGGGCCGAGCGCCACCCCUCCUUCGCCCCCUCCCCCGCCCCCUUCUGCGCCGCCCUCGCCCUCCUCGCCGACGCCGGCCUCGCCCGCGCCGCCUUCUCCGUCGCCGAGCGCGCCCUCCGCCUCGGCCUCCACGGCGUCGUCGACCUCCUCCUCCUCCUCGUCGGCAGCGGCGGCGCCGAGUUCAGGUUCGAAUUCGCCGUCUCCGAUGCCACCGCGGCGAAGCUCCUCGACCUCCUCCUCUGGGUGUACACCAAGUGCUCGAUGGCGGAGCGCGCCGUGUCCGCCUUCUACAAGAUGGCGGCGCACGGCCUCUCCCCGGACGUCCGGAACUGCAACAGGAUCCUCAGGGCCCUGCGGGACGCGGGGCGGUGGGCGGAGGUGCGGGCGGUGUACGGCGAGAUGGCGAGGCUCGGCGUGGAGCCGACGAUCGUGACGUACAACACGAUGCUCGAUUCCUUCUGCAAGGAAGGUAAGGCCGAAGAAGCCCUUGCGCUGCUCGGCGAAAUGGAGCUGCUGGGGAGUAAAUGCGUGCCCAACGACGUCACCUACAAUGUGGUCAUCAAUGGUUUAUCCAAAAAGGGGGAGCUUGAUAAGGCACGCAAGUUGCUCGAUAAAAUGCGGAGGUCGGGAAAGGUCUCGGCUUUUACGUAUAACCCUCUCAUCAGCGGGCUAUUCGCGAAAGGCCUAGUCGAGGAGGCAUUAAGCUUAAAGGAUGAGAUGGAAAAGAGAGGCGUGGCGCCGACUGUGGCCACGUACAACGCCUUGAUCUAUGGUUUGUGUAGAUGCGGGCGCAUGGAUGAGGCCAGGGAGAAGUUCUUCGAGAUGGGCAAGUCGAAAUUGUCACAGGAUAUAAUCUCUUACAACUCUUUGAUAUAUGGUUACUGUCGUGUCGGGAAUGUACGGGAGGCUCUUUAUUUUUUCGAGCGUUUGCGACAUUCUCGUAUUCUGCCGACUGCGAGGACAUUCAACAUUCUUAUAGAUGGUUACUGUAAAUCAGGAGCCUUGGGCGAGGCUCAGAAGCUUAAGAAGGACAUGGUCGAAUCCGGGUUUUCGCCCGAUGUGUGUACUUACACUAUUCUUGUGAAUACUUCAUGCAAACUGGGGAAUCUUGCCAUGGCCAAAGAGCUUUUUGACGAGAUGCAAAACAAGGACUUGCAGCCGGAUUGCUUCGCCUACAAUACAAGAAUAGCAGGGGAGUUAAUGCUUGGGACUGUUUCUCAAGCUUUUAGAUUGAGAGAGGAGAUGACAGCAAGAGGCAUUCCAUCUGAUACGGUCACCUACAAUGUUCUAAUGGAUGGUUUAAGCAAGACAGGAAGUCUAAGAAAAGCGUAUGGGCUAUGGCAGAAGAUGAUUAGUGAGGGUUUUCAGCCGGACUGUUUUACUUAUACUAGUUUAAUUCAUGCUCAUUGUAAGAGGGGCCGCCUACGAGAAGCAAAGGAUAUAUUCGAUAGCAUGGUCGAGAAUAACUUUUCCCCGUCACUUGUAACCUACACUAUUCUAAUUCAUGCCCAUGGCAAGAAAGGAAAUCUGAAAGUUGCGUAUGAGCUAUUCCGGAGAAUGAUGGAAAAUAAUGUUUCACCGAAUGAAAUUACUUACAAUGCCCUUAUAGAUGGCUUUUGCAGAAAAGGAAGGACUGAAUUGGCUUAUCAGCUCUUUUGCGAGAUGAAGGAAAAAGGAUUGAAUCCUAACAAGUAUUCUUACACUUUAUUGAUUGAUGGGUAUUGUGAUGAAGGUAAAUGGAGUGAAGCAAUGAAGCUGUAUGGUGAGAUGUACGAGAAAGAUAUCCGUCCAGAUUCAUUCACCCACAGUGCCUUAUUUAAGGGAUUGGGUGAAAAUUACAAGCACCAUGCAGUUCACUACUUAGAGAAUGAUGUUCUUGGCAGUUAAUUGGUUAGCUAGAGAUUCCUUUAUUCAUGAAAUAAUCGCAGCUGAUUCUCAUUUAUGAUUCUCAAGCUAAACAGAAGACAAUUGCUUAGAGCAACGGUCUACAGCAAGCAGCCGCUACAUGCCAAACACUCAAAUCAAAGGUUAAUCAGUGCUGCCUCUACAAGUUUCUUCUUUCUCCGCGCUAUAUGAUUUGGUAGAAAUUUUCAUUAUUUCUCGUUAUGCACUUCUUACGUGCUAGCGAUUCUUUUCAAUAAAGAGAAACCACAAAUGCAAUGUGAAUCAUCAAUCUUGUAUACCUUGUACAAUGUAAAUUGAUUAACUGCACAUUUUCGUAAGGCAUUGUGCUGCUGAUUUGGCACAGCAUUGUUGUUAGCUGAUUUUUUUAGACACCUUCCAAAUUUUUUUUAGGAGAUGUAUUACUCUUCUUGUAUCAUCAAUAAUAUCACCACAUUGUAACUGGAGUUAUGAAUUAUCGGAGAUGUAACUGUAUUCUGAUUCUUUUAGUUAUAUUUUGGAAUAAAGUCAUUUCUCUGUUUCUACAAA